CUAACAGAUGUAAAGGCAAUCCCUGGUCCACCAGGCCCCCAGGGAAUCCAGGGUCCGGUGGGUCCGGUGGGUCCGGCCGGUCCUCCUGGUAACCAAGGCCAAAACGGACCCCCGGGUAUGCCGGGUGCGUCGGGUCCCGCAGGGGCAGCCGGAUCUCCCGGUCCUCCAGGCUCCCCAGGUUCACCGGGUUCUAAUGGGCUUCCCGGGCCUCCCGGACCCCCUGGAAGUCGUGGUCAACGCGGAUCACGAGGUUUGCCUGGCCCCCCGGGGCGGCCUCCAAAAGAAGAAAACAAGGAGAAGGAGCCGAAGGAACCGAAGGAAAAAGCACCAUCCUUUGAAGGAUUCACUAAGCCCAACAUUACUAUUCGACCUCCAAAAUCAUACACAGCCACGAAGGGUGACUCGAUACAAUUUCAAUGCUCUGCUCAAGGAACACCUAAACCAGAAAUAAUCUGGGCAAAAAAGACCAGCGGGAGAGCUGUCAUCGGAAGUCACUUCGUCUUGGAAAACGCGCUCCCAGAGGACACUGGGAACUGGACGUGCAGGGCAAGUAACUUCUUGGGUACGGACACCGCUGACAUUGAAAUCGUCGUCGCAACGGAGCCUGUGUUCACCAUACCACCAGAACCAAAGGUCACGGCCUUCACGGAACAGCUCACGGAACUCAAAUGCGUCGUGGAAGGGUUUCCGCCACCGAAAGUGGAAUGGCGUCGUCAAGGCAACAAAGAGCUUCCCUUUGGCAGACACUACAUCCGAAAUAACAACCUGUACUUACAGAAUCCUAUUAAGGAGGAUGAAGAUAUUUACAUGUGCCACGCCUCUACUCCAGCUGGAUCUGUCAUGGGAGGUACCGAGGUCGCUGUACAAACUUAUGAACCUGUAGAGGUAAAAGUCAUUCCUCCAAGUGUAGUAACAGUAAAUGAAUUUGAUACUCCGGUCCGUGUGAACUGCUCUGCACGAGGCGUGCCUAUGCCAAAUAUAACGUGGUACAAAGAUGGCGUUGCCAUGCCAACGAGAACAAUUAUCGUUGGCGAUGAAGUUAUUGGAGAAUUAAACCUGGAACGUCUACGACCCCUUGAGCAGGGAGACUAUAAGUGUGUUGGAGCAACUGCUGUGAGAAGUGAGCCGUUCUCUUACACAACACAGAUUCAGCUCAAAGAGUGUCGUGAACUGGCAGAUCCUCUAGAUGGCUACAAGUUGAGUGACGGUUACAACGUCGUGGGAAGUAUUGUAAGGUUUGCGUGUAAUCCCGGGUGUAUGUUGUACGGAUCUUCCGCAAGAGUUUGUGGAAAAGAUGGAAAAUGGAGUGGAACACAGCCCUAUUGUAAGUAGAAAGAGAGCACUGUUGAGGCAACGCUAUUUAACAAGUAGAGUCGAGCUUGCCGUGUAAUAGAUCAGUAAUAGAUCACAAAUGACGUCAAAAUGUGGUGAGAGCAGAAAAAGUGGCACGC